UCCCCAUAGUUUCUUUCUUCAAUUCUUUUAGAAUGGGGGAGCCAUGCCAAAAAUAUUGGUUCUCUGAUAUGGAAGUUCAAGAUUAUGAUUUCUACCAAAACUACAAGAUUGACUCACUUGAUUAUGAGGAUCAGAUCUUUCGAGAGAUCAUGCUUCAGCCAGCUUUCUCUUCUGACAGCAAAACUCACUCUCCCAAUAAUAAAAAAUUAUCACCAAUCCACAGUGGCAGUGGUUCUUGUACAAGUACAACCCUUGCCAUCAACAACAAAAGUAGCAACCUUGUGAUCAAGAGCAACAACCAGUCCAACCUCAUCUUCUCACAACAUGCACUAGAAAAACCUGCCAUAGCCACUUCUCCAACAUCAUACAUUCUGUCCUUCGAUGACUCCUCCGUAGUAGCAGCUAGCGGUGGAAAACAGAAGGAAGCAGUAGGGAGUGGUGGUCUUCCCUCAAAAGGGGUCUCAGAAAAACAUGGCAUUGAACCUAAGGCUAACACAACAACGAGGAGAGGUAGAAGCUCUGAGGAGACGCUGAAUCAUAUCAUGACAGAGAGAAAAAGGAGACGCGAACUGACAGAGAGAUUCAUUGAACUUUCAGCCACCAUACCUGGCUUGAAGAAGAUAGACAAGGCCACAAUACUUAGCGAAGCAAUCACUCAUGUGAAACGACUUAAAGAACGUGUAAGAGAGCUGGAAGAAAAGUGUAAACGGACAAAGGUAGAGUCAGUGUCAUUUGUUCAUCCAAGAUCCCUCAUUGCAACUGACAUAGGCACCACCUCUGGUGAAAUGGACUCUGAUGAAUGCUAUAAAACAAAAGAAGCACUACCUACGGUGGAAGCAAGAGUGUUCAAAAAAGAUGUACUCCUCCGGAUUCACUGCAAAAUACAAAGUGGCAUUUUGAUAAAAAUUUUGGACCAUCUUAACAGUCUCGACCUCUGCACAACCAGCAACAAUGUAAUGCCAUUUGGGAGUUCAACUCUUGACAUCAGCAUUAUUGCUCAGAUGGGUGACAAAUUCAGCGUAACAAUGAAUGAUCUAGUGAAAAACCUGAGACUGGCUAUCUUGCAGUCAUCUGAAGUUCAACAGUGAUCCAUGCUAGUGAAUCAAAGGUCCAUGUUUGACGAUCCGAAAACUCUGCAAGUCCUAGCUCUCCACAACGGUGUGAUUUUGGCUCUGAAAUUAGGUUAAUUACUGUCAUGUAAUUCACGACGGAGAAUCUACUACUGUUUGAUGAAUGGAAUGAGUUACGAUUUGAU